AUGAUUCCUUUCCUCGUCGACAAAUACGGCUUGAGAGGAUAUCCCGGGCCUCUAGUUGCCAAAUUCUCUAGCCUCUGGCUAGCUUCCAAGGCGCACAAAGGCAAGACGACGUCUGCGGUCCAUGCACUGCACCAGAAAUAUGGACCCUUCGUUCGCAUCUCGUCUAAACAUGUCUCGAUUGCCGAUCCUGAGGCACUUCAGGCGAUCUAUGGACACAAUUCUGGCGCACUCAAGACCGACUUCUACGACGCAUUCGUAGCUUUUCGUCAUAACAUAUUCACCUCCCGUUCUCGGCUGGAACACAGUCGAAAGCGGAAGUACACAGCUUACGCGAUGUCGAUGAAGGGAAUAAUGGAGUUCGAGCCUAAUGUGCGUGAGUAUCAGCAUAUGCUCGUGAGGCAGUUGGACACUUUGUGUGCUGUCGGAGCCCAAGGUAUCGACGGCGUCCUCGGGUCGUGCCCUUGGACAGCCAGAGAUGGCUGGGUGUUGUUCGAUUGCAUGCCAUGGUUAAACUUUGCCACUUUCGAUGUUAUUGGUGAUUUGGCUGUCGGCGCGCCUUUUGGUAUGCUAGAAGCAGGGAAGGAUACCGCGCUCGUGCCGGUGUCUGAGGAGCAGGCCAUGAAGUCUUUCGGUCAACAAGACACAGAUCUCGAGUGGGCCACAAUCCCAACAAUCAAGCUUCUCAACGAGACCGUCCCUUGGAUCUUCUUCCUUGGUUGUCUUCCUCCUCAAGCUCGUUUCCUGAUGUCCAAACUCCAAUCUUUCAAUGCAGGAGCGUCCCGCAAGCUUUUUCAAAAACUCGGGGUUGCGGCUGUGUCCAAACGCCUGUCCUCUGAAGCAACUCGAAGGGAUUUCCUUUCUCAACUUGUCGCGGCUCGCGAUGAUGAGGGCAAGCCUUUGAGCGCACAAGAACUGACAUCCGAGGCUCUUAAUCUCAUCAUUGCAGGCUCCGAUACUACUUCUAGUUCCAUUGGUGCCAUCAUCUACCAUAUUGCGCGGAACCGAGAUGUCCAAGAAAGACUUCAAAAAGCACUUGAUGACGUUCUCGGAGUCCCAAACUCUAUGUUCAGCACUGAUGAAGUCGUGGCGUCCUUCGAUCUCGUCAAGAACCUGACAUAUCUCCAGGAUGUCAUUAACGAAGGCCUUCGCCUGCAUUCCACAGUUGGUGUCGGCUUGCCCCGCGAGGUCCCAGAGGGCGGAAUGACGGUUGCAGGAAAGACUCUUCUGGCCGGCACGCAUGUCAGCUGUCCCACGUACACGUUGCAUAGGCUGAAGUCGAUCUGGGGUGACGACGCGGACGAGUUCAAUCCCGAUCGUUGGACUCGAGGCGACAGGAAUAUGAUGCUCAAAUACUUUGCACCGUUCUCGAUAGGCCCAAGGGCUUGCAUCGGUCGAAACUUAGCAAUGAUGGAGAUGACGAUAUGUAUCGCGACGAUGUUCCACCGCUACCGCCUUGUCCUUGCGAGCCCCGAUCAGCAGCUUGAGUGCAGCGAAGGGUUCGUGAGCAAACCGAAGGACGUUUAUGUUGGCAUGCAGCGGCGAGUCUGA